AUGACCUCGGUGUGGAAGCGCCUGCAGCGCGUGGGCAAGCGGGCCGCCAAGUUCCACUUCGUGGCCUGCUACCACGAGCUGGUGGUGGAGUGCACCAAGAAAUGGCAGCCGGAUAAGUUGGUGGUGGUAUGGACCCGGCGGAACCGGCGCAUCUGCUCCAAGGCCCACAGCUGGCAGCCGGGCAUCCAGAACCCGUACCGGGGCACCGUGGUGUGGAUGGUGCCCGAGAAUGUGGACAUCUCCGUGACCCUGUACAGGGACCCCCACGUGGACCAGUAUGAGGCCAAGGAGUGGACGUUUGUUAUUGAAAAUGAGUCCAAGGGGCAGCGGAAGGUGCUGGCCUCGGCCGAGGUGGACCUGGCCCGCCACGCGGGGCCCGUGCCCGCCCAGGUCCCGCUGCGGCUGCGGCUGAAGGCCAAGUCGGUGAAGGUGGUGCAUGCGGAGCUGAGCCUCACCCUGUCGGGGGUGCUGCUGCGAGAGGGCCGUGCCACGGACGAUGACAUGCAGAGUCUGGCGAGCCUUAUGAGCGUGAAGCCAACUGACGUGGGCAACUUGGACGACUUUGCUGAGAGCGACGAGGAGGAGGCUAACGGUCCAGGGGUGCCCGAGGCGCGGGCUCCCGUCCCCCCGCCAGAUCCCCCUCGAGAGCUGAAGACACUGUGUGAGGAGGAGGAGGGCCGAGCACAGCCCUGGCAGGCAGGCGCCAGCCCUCCGGGUACUAAGGAUGCCAGCCCAGCCCCUGUGAGUGUCCCUGUGCCCCCUGCCAGGGCCUCCCGGGGCCAGGGGUCAGAACCAGCUACCGUAGUCGGGGGCCAGGUGGGGCCUGAAGCCCCAAGGCCCCCCGGAACCCCGCUGGAGACAAGGUCCUCAAGACACUCAGACCAGGAUCUGGCCCCCAUCCCGGCCCCUCGGCUCCGGAAAGGCUCUGAUGCCCCCUGGCCCUCAGUCCCCCAAGGGAAAGAUGAGGCCCCCAGAGCCUCAGGGGCUCCCCCCACAGGAGUGGGUUCUGCUGGGGAGACCCAGGCCCGGGCAAGCCCUCAGGAAGGGACAGAGGCCCAGGGCGCCAGGCCACGCACAGGCAUGGAGGACGGAGGCCGCAGGAACUCUUUGGGAGAGCAGACAGUCAAGGUUGAGGAAGGCACCGUUGGGGACAGGCCAGAGGCCAGUGUGGUGGACAGUGAGCAGGGGUCAGGACCCAGAGGGGUGAACACUAAGAGGUCAGAGGUCAGAACGGGGGAGGCUGAAGAGAGUUCAGAAGUUAGUCAAGUGGAUGCUGAGCAGAGGUCAGAUAUGAGACAGGUGGACACUGAGGGACCAGAGGCUCCAGGGGCGAUGUCUGAGGCAAGGGUGCUGGGAACGCCUGAGGCUUCUCACUCACCCCCGGAAGAACCUGCAGGCCAGGAGAGAGAGGGUGCAGAGGUGAGGGGCGGGGCCCCUGGUGUUGGGGGGACAGGCCUGGAGCAGGGCCCCUCUGUUGGAGCAGCAAGCACCAGCCCCCAGGAAGCAGAGGCUGGGGUCUUGGGAACCGAGAAGGGGAGAGAAGCUGAGGCCAGCCUGACUGAGACGCAGGUGGCCAGUGGGGCAGGGGCUGGGGUGCCCAGGCCCUCGGGGGCCUCUUCCCCAGAGGAGCCCGAAGAGGACGGGAGGCUGCCCGGCAGCCAGGCACCACCCGCCCCGGUCAGCUCCAGCCAGUCGCUGCUGGAGUGGUGCCAGGAAGUCACCGCUGGCUACAAGGGCGUCCGCGUCACCAACUUUACUACAUCCUGGCGCAACGGCUUGGCUUUCUGCGCCAUCCUGCACCGAUUCUACCCCGACAAGAUCGACUACGCCUCCCUGGACCCGCUCAACAUCAAGCAGAACAACAAGCAGGCCUUCGACGGCUUCGCAGCCCUGGGCGUGGCACGGCUGCUGGAGCCGGCGGACAUGGUGCUGCUGUCGGUGCCGGACAAGCUCAUCGUCAUGACGUACCUGUGCCAGAUCCGCGCCUUCUGCACGGGGCAGGAGCUGCAGCUGGUGCAGCUGGAGGGCGGCGGCCGCGCGGGCAAGUACCGGGUGGCCAGCGCCCAGGCCGGCCCGCCCGACGCCCUGGACGCCAGCGGCCUGGCGCAGCGGCUGCGGGAGCACCGGGCGGAGCCGCCCGAGGAGCCCCAGGAGCCCGCGAGCCGCGGGGCAGGGGCCGCCCCCGAGGGCGCUUCCGAGGACCAGGGGGCCGGGGCCGCCCCGGAGGCGCGCUCGGCGGAGGCCCCGGCGGCGGAGGGGCUGGUGAACGGGGCGGCGGCGCCCGCGGGGGCCGUGCGGCUGCGCCGGGCCUCGGUGAACGGGGAGGCCGGGCCGGUGCCCCCGCCCCGCGCGCACGGCUCCUUCUCCCACGUGCGGGACGCCGACCUGCUCCGGAAGCGCCGCUCGCGGCUGCGGAACAGCAGCUCCUUCUCCGCCGAAGACCCGGACGCCGGCGCCGCGGCCGCGGAAGGCCCCAGCCCUGCCCCCAGCCCACCCCCAGCCCCGGCCCCCCAGCAGCCUCCUGGUGGCAGUCCCCCCGCGGAGGAGCUGUCCCCAGGCCCAGGGGAAGAGGCCGGGCUGCAACGGUUCCAGGACACGAGCCAGUACGUGUGCGCGGAGCUGCAGGCCCUGGAGCAGGAGCAGAGGCAGAUAGACGGGCGGGCGGCUGAGGUGGAGACGCAGCUGAGGAGCCUCAUGGCAUCAGGUGCCAACAAGCUGCAGGAGGAGGUGCUGAUCCAGGAGUGGUUCACGCUGGUCAACAAGAAGAACGCACUCAUCCGGAGGCAGGACCAGCUGCAGCUGCUCAUUGAGGAGCAGGACUUGGAGCGGAGGUUCGAGCUGCUGAGCCGGGAGCUACGGGCCAUGCUGGCCAUCGAAGACUGGCUGAAGACGGCGGCGCAGAAGCACCGGGAGCAGCUCCUGCUGGAGGAGCUGGUGUCGCUGGUGAACCAGCGCGACGAGCUGGUCCGGGACCUGGACCACAAGGAGCGGAUCGCCCUGGAGGAGGACGAGCGCCUGGAGCGCGGCCUGGAGCAGCGGCGCCGCAAGCUGAGCCGGCAGCUGAGCCGGCGCGAACGCUGCGCGCUGAGCUGA